CAGAGUCCGUUCAAUGACUGGUACAGUCAUAAAGUUACUUGUUGGACGAGUCAGCCCCCGUUCACUCCAGUCAAUUCUUGAGUUUAGUCGGUCCUGGUAUCUGGGAGAUAAACCACAUUUAUGGAGUGCUGCAGCACAGGUUUUGGGGUUACUCAUUGAAGGACUUAAAGAUGGUUUCCAAAAGUAUAUUGAUAGCCUCCUACCUGUUAUGAGAAACAUCUUGCAAUCUGCUGUUAAUGUUCUUACAAAUAAGCAAGUGGAUCUACCGAAUGAUGCAACGAUUUCAUCUUGGAAAGAAGCAUAUUAUUCACUGGUUCUGUUUGAGAAGAUAUUAAAUCAAUUUCCUAAGUUGUGCUUCAGAAAGGAUCUUGAGGUAUUUAUUCCUUUCUUUUAAUCCUAUGUUAGAAAU